AUUGCCAUCCAUGGACGAACACGAACAGCCCAACAACUGCCGGAGUACAAUAAAAUAAAGCGGCAAAAUUCCCCCAAAUCGGACGAGAUUAAGUGCGGAGAGGGAGAGAGCUUACGAUCGAAGGGGGCACGGGUGUGGAAGCAAGGAUUCGUAAUACACACAUUUAUAGGUUGGCUAUAUCGGUCUCAAGUGUUUUGUGAAGAAGAAUGGCGCGUGAUAGGUUUGCUUAUAGGUGAACAGAAUCUCAGAAAAUAGCUAAAUAAAACUGAAGGAUUGAAGUUAAGCAUCUACCAGCUCGCGAAGGAACUGCAGGCUUUCGCAUUCUUCUAUACUCUCCCAUUAUUGAAUCUUUAUGGAUUUCGACAUAGGGAAUAAGCUGUGAGCAUCGAACUGAUAGACACCGUUUGCUGAUGGAUCGAGUAAAUAACUUAAAUGGACUUGAAUAUGUAAUUGGUAUAUCAGGUACUAAUGAUGCUUCAACCUCUAUCCCUGUGCAAGCUGAUCACAGUAACCCAUGUGGAACACUUAGUGAAGAUAACCCUUCUACAAGCAGUCCAGCCUCUCAAUUGGUUGUGUCAUCAACAAAUGCGUCUAAUUUGACAAAUUCAUCUUUGACAAGAACAGAGAACCAUGGUCGUCGCAACAGAAGUCCUUUGAACUCUGGUUUGUGGAUUACAGUUGAGCUUGUUGCUAGUGUAAGCCAAAUUCUAGCAGCUGUCAUUGUGCUAUCAUUGUCAAGACAUGAGCAUCCACGAACUCCAUUAUCUGCGUGGAUCAUAGGGUAUACAACAGGCUGUGUUGCUACACUGCCACAUCUUUAUUGGCGCUACCUUUAUCGCAGUCGUCAGAGACCUGAGCAAGAUCCAGCACAUUCCAAUCAGGAAACUACAAGGAAUAACCAUAAUGACUCUAGCUCCUAUGCUGAUGGAGCUGGCACUCACAACCCACAACAAGAAAAUAGUCACAAUCCAGCAUUGGAGCUGGGGCAAGCUAAUGUAAAUCCUAGCCCAAGGAUAAAUGCAAUAGUUGACAAUUUCAAGAUGGCAUUGGAUUGCUUUUUUGCUGUGUGGUUUGUUGUUGGCAAUGUGUGGUUGUUUGGGGGGCGCUCCUCUGCCCAUGAUGCCCCAAACUUGUAUAGAUUAUGUAUGGUCUUCCUUGCAUUCAGCUGUAUAGGAUAUGCUUUGCCUUUCAUUCUUUGUGCAAUGAUUUGUUGUUGCUUGCCUUGCAUUAUAUCUAUUAUGGGGAUAAGAGAGGACACAACUCAUGGUAGAGGUGCUACCUUGGAAUCAAUCAAUGCACUUCCAAGUUACAAGUUCAAAACUAAAAGAAGGAAAAAUAGAGGGCAUGUAGAAAGUAACUUGGAUGGCCAUUCCGGAGAUGGGAUAUUGGCUGCUGGUACUGAUAAGGAACGAACUAUUUCUGCUGAAGAUGCUGAGAGAAGCAUGGUUGUAAUAAUCGUCUUUGGUGGUGCCAUGAUACAAAUGAUUGCAAAGGCUAUCUAAGAAUGAGCUUCGAAAUGCUUAGGGUGGCAAUUUGCCAUCAUUGGCCGCAAAAAGGUGAAAUCGUCAUCUCGGCAGCCCCGCCAGGGUGACCUCCCACUGGGGGCGGCUUGGCCCAGCAACUACACUGCAUGCAAAGAGAGGUUGAGGAAACCAGCAGGGCAUUCCAUACCCAUUGAGAAUCGACCCGAGGUCUAUUAGCAGCAAUUUUCCAUAAUGACUCAAUAAUAACUUGAGGUCUAGGAUAAAAUGUUGCUUGUAUUUUUUGAUGCAUCUUUCUCAGCUAAAUACCCUCCAUGACUGUAUAUCUCACGGUUUUGGCGAACUUAUAGAAUCUAGAUACAUUUUCUCAGCUGAAUCCUAAACUCUGCUAUGCUUGCUGUAGGCUUGUUGCAUUUGCCUAACAAAGUACGUUGACAAUGAUGAAUUGCGUGAACUUCCCUGCACUCAUUUUUUCCACAAAGAGUGCAUAGAUAAGUGGCUCAAGCUAAAUGCA